AUGGAUGAUGGUGAAUUUGUUACUGUUGAAGAGUUUGUUAAAGGAAGCUUUGACAAGUACAUCAAUAAUGAUGGAACUCUUUGUGGCACUUCAACCUACAUCCGCAUGAAAGCUGAGAGCUUGUCUCAUUAUUCCUAUGUGAGAUCCCUUGAGAAGCUGAUGGUGGUUGAUAUCCAGGGCAGCAGCCAUAAGUUAUUUGACCCGGAAAUUGCCUCAUAUGAAUUGCAAGAGGAUGACGAGUACCUCUUUUCAACAGGAAACAUGACAUUCAGUGCAAUAACCACAUUUGUGAGAGAGCAUAAUUGCAACAUUUAUUGUGAACUUGUUGGUUUAACAGAAUUUUAA